UAAUAAUGUUGUUCUCAAUCAUCAAACGCGUCUUCAACGCCGAUUAUCUCGAUCUCUCGACCGAUUGGAAGGAUCUGCUCGUGAAAGAUAAAUUUGGACGAUGAAGCAGCGACGACGGGAGCCAUGACUGGAGAGGGUCUAGCUCCGGGCCCCUCAGGCCCCUGGUCGCGCCCACGAGGCCUGUUCCCGGUGAUCAGCAGCUUGCUGUUUUGGUGGUGCGGAUUUCUCGACAAGAAUGCACCCCUUUAUCCCUGCCGUCGGCGUCACUUUGUGCAGGGUAGGGGCCUUGACUGGAACGCAGGUUGGCACAUCACCACAUGCAGCUUUACCAGCUCAAUUCAUCUUUUCAUGUUUGGAUCGCCAGCACAUGCGGACGAUUAGGGCAGGAAUCAGAAGGACUGUGCUUUGUUAUCUGCGUCACUUUGACAGUGAUGGAGCGAAGAGGGGUGUUUCGGACGAGAGCACGGGUGACACACUGCCCGCCUAACCCGGUAUAUGCAUGGCAAGCGAUGUUGAGAGCAAACCUGUUCACUAGACUUGGACAUCGUGAUCCGAGCACAGGACAGAGGUUAGCAUUGAGGACCGCGUAUCGAUUGAGGCGAGAAUCACUGAACCAAGCCUCGUAUACUCCGUACGGAGGCAACAAAAUUAAUAACAUCCAUCACGAAAUGGCGAUGGAGUAGCUGUAAUUGGGUGAUGAAAAGAAUGGUUCGUGGGGGGUGCGAUGGUAUCUGGUUUAGGCAUGGGAGAAGCAUCAUG